AUGUCAACAGCUUACGGCAAUUUCCACAACUUCUGUCGUGAUUCUGGCAGCAAUUAUGCCACUAUACCAGUGUGUAACCUCUUUCUCGAAUCUCGAGCUCGAGAAAACACUGGUUUUGGCGGAUGCGAGCUACAAGGGAUAUCUUUGAGUGGAGACCGGCGUUUGGCAAAUCUGGGCUCGAUAUUGAUCUGCGCUAUCGCCAUCCUCACAAGUCUAUUUUUAUUGUGGCGAUCUGAGAGAAAGAAAGCUGCUGUGGGCCGACGGGAGAUGCAACUCUUUCUCAUUGGCUUCAUCAUAGUUGAAAUAUGCGAGAUCUUCACUGUUGGAGGAUUCCCACUCCAAAGUCGCGUCAUCCGAGGUUUUUCUGCCGUCCACAUUGCAGCAGUAGUCGCGACUGUUUGGAUGCUGAUGCUUAACGGUCUGGUCGGCUUUCAACUUCUCGAUGAUGGUACGCCAAUAUCUCUCGGGCUGAUGCUAUUCUCGGCUGCAAUCUUGUUCGUUGGAACAGGCUACAUCGCUCUUGAUACCGGCUUCAGCUGGACCGGCUACUGGGACAGCACUCUCUCUGAUCCCAACAGAGCUUAUGCGCUGUAUACUCUCUAUCAACUCGUACCUCUGUUGUUCCUGGUCAUCUUCUUUCUCCUUGAGACAUUCUUAGUACUAAGAAUUCUUGGCGAGAAGAAGCCAAUGCUCUACCUAGUCGCUGCUGCGCUCCUUUUCGCGAUUGGCCAAGUAUUCCAAUACGUCAUCAGUGUUCACAUCUGCGACGGUACCAACGGCAAGAUCAAUGGAGGGCUCUUCGAGACACUCUUCACUCUUCUCUCAGUCGUAACGAUCUGGGCAUUUUGGUCAAGUAUCACCGAGGAUGACUGGCCGUUGCCCGCCUCGACUGGAGGUACAUACACAUAG